AUGUUGUCAUUUCCUUAUCUUGACAGAUACAAAUUAAAUCCUUCUUCUAUGAAAAGUUCAAAGGGAUCCGUCGAAAGAGAUACUGCUCUUGCACAGCUUAAUAACGAUAAGAAGUCUGCGUUUGUCAAGGCAUGGGAAGAGAGCGAAAAAAGCAAAGUUGAUAACAAGGCUCAAAAGAAGCUCUCUAAAGUUGCAGCAUGGGAGAACAAACAGAAAGCACAUCUUGAUGCUAAACUGAAAAAACUUGAGGUAAGAUUAGAGCAAAAGAAAGCAGAAUAUGCAGAAAAGAUGAAAAAUAAAGAAGCAUUGGUACAUAAGGAAGCAGAAGAGAAGAAAGCCACGGUUGAAGCUAAACGAGGGGAACAAAUUCUUAAAACGGAGGAGAUGGCUGCCAAAUAUCGCGCCACAGGGCAAAAUCCUAAGAAGUUACUUGGAUGUGUUGGAUGAUAAAAGUUUUUUU